GUUCAACGGAGACGAACUACGUUUAUAUACAACUAUUUGUUAUUUUAUACUGAUAAUUUUAAACAACAAAUUUCUGUGAACAAAAGUGCAUCUUAAAACUGAAAACUUUUCUCCGUUUUUGUGUUUAUAUAUUUUAGAAACUUUGUUUUAGAAGUUUAUAUAUUUUUUAAACUUUUAAACUUUUACACUGUGUAUCAGAAGAAAUAAUGUUGAAGAUUUUAAUGGUUCUAUCGGUGAGUUGCUGCUUGGAUUUAUCGAGCGCUCGUCCAGCGGAAGAAUCCACGAGAUUCAGCCUCUAUACCAUAAAAAAUGACAACAAGAACAUUUUGUCUUCAACAUUGGAGCAAGGAAAGGAAUUGUUAGGACGCAUCGUUGAUGCAACAAGAAUCGGCAGGGGGAGAUUAGUCAAUUCGAUAGUACUGAUCAGAAACGUCAUCGCCGAUCAAGCGGAGCAACUAUCCAAAAAAGCUUCGAGCAACCUCACCGCGACAGUUACAACAUCUGACAAGCCUAAUCGAAGCCGCAGAUCUUUGACAUCGAUCCAAACCACUACGCCCAUCGUUUUGUUCCCACCAGUGCAACGAGAAACAGUUCGUUUAGAAAAUAAUACGGCGCAGGCAAUUUUGGAGAAGCCAACGCCCGACAACGCCCGACAACUGCUGAAUAGUUUUUUAAAUCCCACGCCGAUCGUCGAUGGAAUCAAGGAAGAAGACAAAUACGGCAAUACGGGCGAUAAGUUCAUCGGAGUUGGCAGAGCGAUUGUCAACGCUUAUGAAAAUUUAAGCAACUUCUUAAACACAGUGGUGGAUUUACCUGUCCAUGCUGUCAAGCAGACAUCUAGAGGAAUAACGGAGACGUUAAAUCAAAUAGGAGCACGACUCAUCGGACUUCAAUAAUGGAUAUGGAGAGAGACUUUCAUCAAAAUCAAAGUUAUCAAAAUUAAAGUUAUUGACAAUUCACUCAGACAAUAAAGUUGCUAACAUGAGAAAUAAAAUAAUGUAUUAUUAAAGUUAAGUAAAAAAAUUCUUUGUGUGCGAGUGUUCUCUUAUUAAAACUUAUUAUUUAAAAUUAUUAUUAACCAAAUAUUAACUGUUCUAUUUUAUUAACAUAUACAAAGAUCAUUAACUUCUUUAUUGAUAAACGACAAAUUACAUAACUCUAGACAAUUCUGUCGAUUAAUUAUCAAUUAAUUUAAUCAAAAUUCUAACGGAAGAUACGCAGAAUGUACAUAAAGACGAAUUAUAUCGUACAGAAUAUUUGUCUGUUUUGACAUAUAACAAUGCAGAUACGUGUUGCAUUUUUGUUGCUGAUCUUCAACGGGAGUGUUUUUGGAAAAGCAGCCUGGAAUGAGGUAUUAUUACGCUGAACAUUGAUACAUUUUAUUAGUUUUAAUAGUUUUGACUUUACUAUGUAUAAUUCUUCUAUAAUAGUAUAGUAUCCUUAGUAAAAAUAUUCUAACUGAAAAUGUGUAAU